CAUGAGCAACCAUUUUAAGCAGGCACGGAAGAAGUGGCGUUAGAAACGGACAUGGCGGCUUAGCGCGUGGCCCUGCCUAUAAAACAAAGCCUCUGGUUCUUUUGGAGCGUGAAGCCUUGCGCCUGUGUCUGGGACUCUCCAGGUCUCCAGCUGAAGAUGUCUCUGCACACAUUCCGUGCAGACCGCUCAGCCAGACGAAGUUGACUCAUGGACACAACCUGCCGGCGCACACAUGCACGGCUCCUCGAGCCACCUCUUGAAGGACCGCUGCAGGUGGUGGCAUUCAUCAAAAACCAUUAGAGUUUUUCACCUCCUUUGACGCCGAAAGGGAAGGGUCCAUCAUGAAGCUAACGCAAGCCAUCAUCCUGGCAGCCUUUCUUCUGGGAGCUUCCGUAUCUGCGGCGCCUUCCGUGAAACGCAGGAAUCUCAACUGUGGAUACGAGAGUUGUCCGGCGACUAGACCGGGCAUGUUGAACGUUCACUUGCUGGCCCACACGCACAUGGAUCUGGGAUGGCUAAAGACGGUUGACCAGUACUUUUAUGGAACCAAAAACUAUUACGCAAACGUGGGCGUGCGCUACAUCUUCGAGAGCGUGCUGAACGAACUGGAGAAUGACCCGAGCAGGCGGUUCAUCUUCGUGGAGACGGGCUUCUUCAACCUAUGGUGGAAGAAGCUCAAUGAAACCAGGAAGGCACGCUUCAACGCGCUCGUGCAGUCUGGUCGCAUGGAGUUUAUCAGCGGUGGCUGGGUGAUGAACGACGAGGCCUGCGUCCACUACAGCAACACGAUCGACCAAAUGACCUACGGCAUACGCCUGCUCAAGGACACUUUCGGCAAGUGCGGCGUGCCUAAGAUAGGAUGGCAGAUUGAUCCGUUCGGUCACUCCAGGGAAUACGCCUCCCUGCUGGCGCAGAUGGGAAUGGAUGGGUACUUCUUUGGGCGACUUGACUACCAAGAUUUUGCAGCACGCAAGAAGGAGCACCGGCUGGAGUUUAUUUGGAGGGCCAGUGACAACCUUGGAAAGGAUGCCAACAUUUUCACGGGUAUUCUCCCAAAUACGUACAGUCCGCCGAGUGGAUUUUGCUUCGACAUAUACUGCUCCGACGAGGCCAUAGUGGAUGACCCUGACAGUGAUGAAUACAAUGUCAAAUACAAGGUGGACGAGUUUCUCAGCUACGCAAGGGCAACGGCAAAAUACUACAGGACGAAAAAUAUCCCGGUCACUAUGGGCAAUGACUUCAACUACCAGAGCGCCGGUCAUUGGUUCAUCAACUUGGACAAGCUGAUUCAUCACGCUAAUCUCAGGUCGGACAAAACCAAAGUCCACCUGCUCUACUCCACACCGUCGUGCUACCUGAAGGCGCUGCAAGAGUCCAAAGCCGGCUGGACCACCAAGACGGACGACUUCUUUCCGUACGCCAGCGACCCGCACUCCUUCUGGACUGGAUAUUUUACCAGCCGACCAGCAUUCAAGUUCCUCGACCGAUACGCCAACAACCAGCUACAGGCGGCGAAGCAACUGGGUGUCUUGUCUGGUCCCAGGGAAGUUACUGAGGCAGCCCUUAACGUAUUACGUGAAGCCUUGGCUGUCGGUCAGCACCACGACGCCAUUACGGGAACCGCUAAGCAGGCUGUAGCCAAUGACUAUGUGAAGCACAUUGCACGCGGCCUCAACGCAAGUGAUAAAUACACGAACUACGCAUUCGAAAAGCUAUUGCCCCUGAACCUGCAGUCAAAGGUCCCGAAGCUCGUGCGUUGCCACACUUUGAACAUUAGCGCCUGCGAAAUCACGGAAACGUCUAGGCAGGUUUCCGUCGUGGUGUACAACCCUCAAGCGACGCCCUUCCACGCCCAUCUCAGAAUUCCAGUUUUAGGCACCGCUUGGCGUGUUCUCGAUAGUAACCGCAAGGAAGUGCCUGCGCAGGUCACAAAGAUACCGACGGGCGUGACAACACUUCCGGAAAGGUUCAGCAAGGCCGACCAGGAAAUCAUCUUUACGGCCGACCUGCCGGCGCUGGGCUUCACGACGUACUUCAUCGAAGCCGACAACGUCUUAUUAAAGCGGCCCAGGCACACCAAGAAAGACCUUCCGAUAGACACCACGGCAACGUGCUACGAUGCCGGUACUAAGGAAAUGGUCCUGAAAGGAAAUGUUACAAGCGCAUUCAUCGACUGCGAAAGUGGCCUCCUCAGCGCCAUCUCAUGGAAGGGGACCACCAUUCGUGUGAAUCAGUCCUUCUACUGGUACCUGGGUUACCCGGGCAACAACUCACAGUUCCUUUACCGAGCUUCUGGCGCCUACAUCUUUCGACCUGAGAAUCAGGAACCGUUACCGGUGGCGAAUAAAGCUGAGCUGGUCUACAUUGAGAAAAAUGGCUCAAUUGUCCAGGAAGUUCACCAAAAGUUCUCGGACUGGCUGACGCAAGUGAUACGAGUCUACGACGAUGCAGAUUUUGUCGAGUUUGACUGGGUGGUCGGCUCAAUUCCUGUGGACGAUAACAAUGGAAAAGAAAUCAUCACGCGGUUCGACACCGACCUCAAGAAUUACGGCGUGUUUUACACAGAUGCAAAUGGAAGAGAAAUUCUUCAGCGAAGCCUAAAUUACAGGCCGUCCUGGAAGGUUAAAAUCAGAGAGCCAGUGGCCGGGAACUAUUACCCUGUCAACAGCAGGAUUUUCAUAAGGGACACCAAUAGGCACCUUCAGUUCACCGUGCUCACCGAUCGUUCUCAGGGAGGCAGCAGUCUGCGCAACGGCUCAGUAGAGCUGAUGGUUCACCGGCGGCUGUUGUACGACGACGCAUUUGGCGUCGACGAGGCCCUCAACGAGUCGUACUACAACGGCCGGGGCCUGGUGGUGCGCGGAACCCACCGGGUCUCCCUGUGCCCCAUGACCCAAGCGGCGCAAGUCCACCGGCCGCUGGCCAUGGCGACGUACGCCGCCCCUACUCUCUACUUUGCACCCGUCGACAGCGCAGCCUACACGUCUGAGUGCAGAACCAACUGCUCGGCCCUUGCGAAGUCACUGCCCCCCAACGUGCACCUGCUGACCCUCGAGCAUUGGAACAAGGGAGACGAGGUUUUGCUGCGACUGGAACACUUCUUCGAGUAUAAGGACCGCGCAGGAGACCUCUCUAAGCCGGCCAAUUUUAGCCUACAGGCUGUGUUUGUGCGGACGAUAGCAAGCAUGGUAGAGAUGAACUUGGCCGCCACGAAAACGAAAGAGGAGACCGUGCGUCUCCAAUUCCAGACCAAGUUGAGCUACAAAACGAAGCGCUACAUGUCAGGUGACCACGAGAGAUCAACGCCUGUAUAUGGCCCGGAAUACUACGUGUACCUGACGCCCAUGCAGAUCAGGACAUUCUUGGUGACUUUCUCCUCGAACGACAAGAAACAUAUGGCGUGCUCCAGUGAUUAAAGCAGGAAGAAUGGCCACCACGCAGACGCUCAGUGAUAGAAAAUUCUGGAUACGCAUCGUGUCUGCUGCGGACGCACGACUUACGAAUCAACUGUAUUCGAAACGAAAUAAAAUUUUCUUUCCAAAGUGAAA